AUGAGUUCAAUCAAGAACGUAGCAGUUGUUGGGGCCAACGGGAGCAUCGGAAGCCAUGCCGUCCCCGCCCUUCUGGCUGCCGAUUUUGUCGUGACUAUUGUCACGCGAUCUAGCGAGGGAAAGCGUUUCCCACCGCAGGUGAAAAUUGCCGUCACCGACUUCAGUCGGCAGUCGCUGCAGCAAGCGUUAUCAGGACAGGACGCCGUGCUCUGCGCUCUCGGCCACGCUGUCUUGGAUAGACAGGUCGAUGUGAUACAUGUCGCUGAGAAGGCUGGCGUGAAGAGGUUCAUCCCUAGCGACUUUGGUGUUCCGAAAGGCCCUAAUGAUGUUCCCGACUACCGCGCCAUUCUGGGGAAGAAGGCGCAGGCUUCGAAACUUUUUUUGAAGGAGAAGGCAGAGAAGAAUGGCAACUUCACCUGGACAUCGUUCUUCAAUGGUCCUUUGCUUGAUAGGUCACUGGCGAUGUUCCCAGACUUUGAUUUUGACCUAAAGCAACAUCCGGCAACCAUCUACGACUCCGGCAAUGAACCUUUCACUGCGAUGAGCAUCGCCAAAAUCGGAAAGCCCAUCGCAGCUGUCUUCAAGCAUCCCGAGGAGACCAAGAACCGACACGUUAGCAUCGCUGCUCUGACUACUUCCCAGAGGAAGAUCCUUGUCGAGCUGGAGAAGCAGACAAACACGAAAUGGAAGACCACGACGGUCAGCACGGACGAGGCCAGGCGAGAGGGGCGGAUCAAGCUGCAGGAUGGCGACUAG